AUGAGCAAACCCUCAAUCGACUCCAUCGUCGCUGCGAUCCCAGAAGUUAAUAGGCGAGUUGAUCACUGGAAAGACGUCUCCUUGAAUGACAAAAAAGUGCAGCCUUUACUGGCCAAGAUAGCCACUCAAACGAAAAAGCACGGCGAAGCUCUCACGCGGAUCAAGACCGUAGCUGAUCGGGGCCAUAAAGCCACCUCCGAAUUAUCUGCCGCAUUCUCAGGAUCCACAACUAUCGACGUGGGAGCGCAGUGGAAGGCCAUGUCAAGGACGGCCACUGACGCUGACGGUGCGUGGAAAGAGAUUACUAAGAACAAGUCGUCCCUCCUCCUCGUACGCCGCGUUUCUUGCCCGAUCAAAUGUGUAGACUCAUCUGCCCUGAACCACAAGCUCCAGGCGGAGGUUGAACAGCGUCUUGCAGAAUUACCCAAGGAAAUGGAGAAUUUACGCCUUGCCAAAGGGGAAAACGGGAAGCAAGACGAACUGUAUCGGGAUCUUCAGCAAAUUGUGUCCAAAAUACAGGAAGAAGGCAACCAGAAAUCUCAACUACGGCCCCAAAUUCUUAUCCCGGUAGUCGAAUGGAGCGUUGAUCGGGCGCGCGAUGGGCACGCCAAGGAAGAUAGAAGUCAGUUCUCCUCGCCUACAUCUUCCGACGUUCUCACAGAUACUCGCUUGCUAGGUCUCUCAGAUAGUAUCGAGGCGUGUGGUCUCGCAAUCGUGCAUUUGAAUGGUGCAAGUGGUGAUCUGAGGUCGUUUAUCGGCCAUACAGAGACGCUUUUACCACACUGGGACUAUCUGACAAACAGGGCGACAGAAAUCGCCACAGCAUUGGGCAAACCGACAAACUCGUUUGACCUUCGAUGGUCGUCAGACUUGCCGCAAAGAACCGAGUCCCUGUGCAAUGAGUUUUCCCGGUACAAAAGUAUAGGUUGA